UGCUCGGCUCCUGUUUGGCGCCUGCUCGGGCGCGCUCGGCUCUCUUCGGUUCUGCUCGGUUCCGUUCGGCUCUCUCCCGCCCGGCUCCCCGCCCUCCCCUGCCCCCUCCCUCCUUCUCUCCUGAUCGCUCUCAAAAUGGCGGCGGCGGCCGUUGAUGGAUUGAAUCUUCUGUGUUGAAUGCCUCCAGAUUUCCUACUGGAUUUCGUGUCUGGAAAAAUAAUUUUGAUUUAAGCCACUCGGUGGCAGACUGAAUUGUGGAUCCAGGGUUCCCAAGACUUCAGAUCUUGAGGAGGUAGCCACUGCUGAAUCACGUUAAACUGACAUUGCAGCCACCAUGGUGCUGUCACAAAGGCAACGAGAUGAACUAAAUCGAGCGAUAGCAGAUUACCUUCGUUCUAAUGGCUAUGAAGAGGCUUAUUCGGUUUUUAAAAAGGAAGCUGAGUUAGAUGUGAAUGAAGAGUUAGAUAAGAAGUAUGCUGGACUUCUGGAAAAGAAAUGGACAUCUGUUAUAAGAUUACAAAAGAAGGUAAUGGAAUUGGAAUCGAAGCUGAAUGAAGCUAAGGAAGAAUUUACAUCAGGUGGACCUCUUGGUCAGAAACGAGACCCUAAAGAGUGGAUUCCUCGUCCUCCAGAGAAGUAUGCAUUGAGUGGGCAUAGGAGUCCUGUCACUCGAGUAAUUUUCCAUCCAGUCUUUAGUGUUAUGGUCUCUGCUUCAGAGGAUGCCACAAUAAAGGUGUGGGAUUAUGAGACAGGAGACUUUGAACGAACCCUUAAGGGGCAUACAGACUCUGUGCAAGAUAUUUCCUUUGACCACACUGGCAAACUAUUGGCCUCCUGUUCUGCUGAUAUGACCAUUAAGCUAUGGGAUUUCCAGGGCUUUGAGUGCAUCAGAACUAUGCAUGGUCAUGAUCAUAAUGUUUCUUCAGUAGCCAUCAUGCCCAAUGGAGAUCAUAUAGUUUCUGCCUCAAGGGAUAAAACUAUCAAAAUGUGGGAAGUCCAAACAGGUUACUGUGUGAAGACUUUCACGGGUCACAGAGAAUGGGUGCGCAUGGUGCGGCCUAACCAGGAUGGCACCUUAAUUGCCAGUUGUUCUAAUGACCAGACAGUGCGUGUUUGGGUGGUAGCGACAAAGGAAUGCAAAGCUGAGCUCCGGGAACAUGAGCACGUGGUAGAAUGCAUUUCCUGGGCUCCUGAGAGCUCGUACUCCACCAUAUCAGAAGCUACAGGAUCAGAGACUAAGAAGAGUGGCAAGCCUGGGCCUUUUCUGCUGUCUGGAUCCAGAGACAAGACCAUUAAGAUGUGGGACAUCAGCACUGGCAUGUGCCUUAUGACACUUGUGGGCCAUGAUAAUUGGGUACGUGGCGUUCUGUUCCACUCUGGGGGAAAAUUUAUUUUGAGCUGUGCUGAUGACAAGACUCUACGUGUCUGGGACUUCAAGAACAAGCGAUGCAUGAAAACCCUCAAUGCGCAUGAACACUUUGUUACCUCUUUGGAUUUCCACAAGACGGCACCGUAUGUGGUUACUGGAAGUGUAGAUCAAACAGUAAAAGUGUGGGAGUGCCGUUGAUUGAAUUCAUAUUUGACCCCUUUUUCCUCUGGAUGCACUCAGAUACCAUGGUUACCCAUUGAGCUCUGUUUAAAUAAAUAUUGUCCUUUCAUGUAAAUUAUUCUGGAUGUAGAUUGAGCUUAUUAAAUGUUACACACAAAGUAUUCAUGCAUGGUGAAUCCAAAUUGUAUACUGUAAAUUUACAUACGUUGUCUAGAAGUACCAUAGGUUUAAGAACAUGGGCUGGCAUUGGUCACAUCAGACCUAAGGAGGCAGAAGUUGGAUAACUGAAACAGGGCACUUAACUGAACAGUUGACAGUGUCGUUCUAUGUCGGAUAAUUAUACCUGUUUUUCUCUCUGCUGUCUGUUGGUGCCUGAAUGGGUGACCUCAUUUGGGAAAAGUUUUGUAGGGCUCUUUCAGAAAUGUGUAUCUAUGUAACAUCACUUAAGUGUGCUUAAUAAAUCUCUAAGAAUACUAGAUAAUAAGGCUGCAAUUCAGAAUCUUCUGAACCUUGUAUGUAAUUAAUGGAAAUUAAUUAAACUCUGGAACAUUUGUCAUGAAACAUUUGCCAAAUCAACAGGAUGUACUUGUUUUGGCCUCCUAUCACGGAAGGGUUGGUAUGUUUAUAUGACUAACUGUAAACCUGAAAUAAGACAACAAAUCUUAGUAGCAGCUGAUGUGAUAAAUGUAUUUAUUUUUUAUUUGGUCAUUCAAUGGUUAAGCUGUGCUGUUAAACUAAGUUUAAAUGGGUUUUUAUGUUUGUUGGUUUGUUUUUUUUAAUGCUAGAUGAACUUCCAGGAGGAGUUGUCCAUCCCACUAGAAUUUAGUGAUCUAAUUUCCAAUAGAGCUUAAUCUCCCAAAUGACUGCCAUGGUACAACUUGCUGUUUGCUUUCAAUGUUUGUUAGAGAUGUGCAAUUCCUCUUCCACAACAGUAUCCAAGUACACUUCCCUCUUACUCACAUGCAGGAGGACAGGGCAUACAAAGGUUUCUUGGUUUCUUUAGUGCCUCCUUAGAAGCCUUUUGGAAAAUGAGGUUACAUUCACCGUGACAGUGUGGCGUGAAUAAAAACAUACUGUGGUUUGCAUAUGGAGAAAUAGCUUGGGAUGCAGUGAAAUGCUUUAGAGAAAGCACUGAAUACCUUCAGAAUCAGAUUAUAAUGGCAGAUAUAGAUUGAUACAGGCUUCUAAAAGAAAAGCAAAACACCAUCAACAAAGUUCAUCUGUGGGAAUGAUGCUAUUGAGUAACAUUUAAACUCAAAUCCGAUCAGCAAAACUAGCCCAGCUCGGCCGUUAGUAUUUAUGUUGUUUGGUGUAUAGAGUUUUUAAUUUGCAUAUCCCUAAAGUUACAUAUUUUGAUCUGAAGUGAAUGCAAAUAUUAUAAAUUAAUAUUUUAAUCAGCAUUUUUGUGACAAAUUCCAUUGUAGAUAACUAAGAAUUACAAUACUUACCAAACUAACCAGGUCUUUUUAAAAAUCUACUUUAAAAUUUACGAUAUAAUGAAGUACCAGUCUGAUGUUUUAACAGGUGAAUUUGUGCUUUAUUUUAUCCAUUUUGUUUAAUACAUGGCUUUUUAAAACUGUCCCUUUUAAAAAUAAGAAUCCUUGACCAAUGUAGGGUUGGCUGGACCGUGCACACACUGCUGGAGUGAGGCGUGUGGAGGUUCAUUUUCCACAGUCACCCCAGGAAAGAUCUGUUCCCCUAGGGAGGAGGUGGAUUUUGGCAUUCGAUCCUGGUGCAGACUUGCCUCAGGGAAGGGGUGGAGGAGAGGGAGUUCUGAUGUGGGCGUGUUUUGGAGCCAGUUUUAAGAUUCAGGCUAAUCUCUUAAAUCCAGUGCUUUAUGUAAUUUUUCAGUGUGUGUUUCUGCAGUUAAGCAUGCACAAAUAAAGUAUUUUUUGUUUGUUAGCUGCUUGGACUGGAAAAAUUUGCUGCUUUUUGUCCUAUUCAAGAACUCCAGAUACUCAAGUAGUGCAUCUUAAAAUUCCUCCGUGCAUCUGCAACUGAAAGUAAUACUUCUGUUUAAUUCCUGGUAGGACCUAUAAACUUUAUUUAAAAGUAUGAAGUAAACCACACUCAUGUACAUAAGUCAUAAACCUGAAUGAGAAAUUAAAGGUACCUAUGAAGUGGAAGCUGUCUGCUGCCUUUUUUCCCUUUGGCAUACAACUAUUUACAAGGACAAACAAGUGAUGAAAGUCAUGUAAGCAGCAUUUUAAUUGCUUGUGUCAAACACUCAGCGAAGUGCUUUCUGCAGUGCAGUUCACAACCUUCUCCUUUGAUGAGCAGUGAAUAAUCUCAGGGACGGUCCUGAACGGAUCGAAAGUUGAAGCCCUGUUUAGAGACAAAGCAAAAGCCGUGACACAGGAAUUGGGUUUGCAAGGGUUUCCUGCUGCGUUGAGCUCUUCCACUGUUUGCAGUGUUUUCUGUUAGCUAAUCCUGUGCCUUUCCUGUGCUGAGGAUGAGGUUACUGGUUGGGAUUCCAAAAUAUGUUCAUUGGAGGGUAUAAGAGGUUCACUGCUGCUUUGUCACUGUUAUUAUUCUGAUUGGCAUUGCUUACACAAUAACUGUAUCUAGGUUGUGCUGUUGAACAGAUGGCACAGACCUUUAGGCUUAAGACCAGAUAGCCAUUCCAGUGCCACACUGAUGGAAUGUGCCAUGGGAGUCUUUGGAGCAUUCAAAAAAGUGCAGCAUUGAUCGUGGUUGAGAGAUGAUCUGGCAGUAGAUAUUUGAUAGCAUCUUGCACUUUAGAAGAUUGAAAAAGCCGUCCUGCUUUUGUGUGUGGUGUGACCAAUGGUGUGCCCAGAGCACUAAUUAAAAGAGAAAACUCUAGUUGGUAGCGAGUUGUCCAAGGGCUGUGGAGCACCGUAGUGUUUGGAAAACUUUGGCUGUAGCCUCACCAAGGCCAGUGUGCCCAUGCUGUCGGUACCCUGCCUCUCCCAUUUGCCUCCUCCUGUUUCCAUGUGAACUGCCUGGUAAUACCACUCUUAAAUAGCUUUUGACUCACGUAAAAGCUAUUUAAAAGUAAAAGAUUAUACUUUGUUUUGGUAGACAGUGGUGGCUUGAUAAUCCUUUUAAUGAUCUGAAUAUUGAAAGAAAUACUGAGUUGAGUGAAGGGAAAACGCGCUUAGGAUGAGUGAUUUGCUGUACAUAAAGUCCCGUGUAUUUAAAAAGUCAAUACCGAGAAUCUUCUAGCAAGAGUAGGUGCAUAAAAGGGUAGGGAUGACCACAUUGGGAGCGGGGAAGGUUGAGUUGGAUUCACAAGUCACAACUGGAUUUAGCUGGCCUUUUACCUUUCAACUGUGUCCUGUACGUAGCUGCUCUCCUGUCCUGCCUCUCCCUCAGGCUUCCCCACACUCAUACCGAAGACGAGUUAGCAAAACCUUCACGUUUUAGAAGUUGAUCCUGAUGUUGACAUCAAGGCAAAGGCUGAAUUCUUUUUAUAAGAGCAAUGUUAGAGGUUGCAAUUGGAGAAAUCAGUUCCCAGACUGUAGGAGUUAACGGAAGCGAUUGACACAAUUUAAGAGAAAAACCCAGUCAGUAAAGGAAUGUAUAUAAUACUGCUCUGUGUUUUACAGUACAAUUUGUUGCUCUCAGACUGUGUAAAACAAAAUUUAUUCAUGUUUUCUGCAUAUUAAAAAAAAUCUUAUUGUACCAAUUGGUAAACUAUUAAAUGCAUAUAAAACUA